AUGUCUGCCGCAGCCAGAGCUGAAGCCCGCAGAAAAGCAAUACUCAGUCGUGGGGGAGACCGUCUCGCAAAACUGACGUCCUCAGCCAGAGGCGAAGAUGCUCCGGCUUAUAUGCACGAUGACCCACCACUGGCACCACUCCCAGACCGGCCAACGUUAGAAACUUUUGUCGGUGAACAGACCAUAUUUCCGACGCCUCCGCCUUUCAGCAGGACCUCACCUCGACCGCCAAGAUCACAGCCAGCGAAUACCGGUAAUGGCAUGCAGCAACCUCUCCCUCCUCAAGAACAGUUCAGGCAAUUGCAGGAAGCUCUAGCUUCCGGCGGUCCCUUCCCUUCUAUGUCACCAUCUGAGAAUGACCCCCUGGCAGCACUCAUGUCAACCAUGUCACAGCCAGGAGGUAUGUCGGGAAUGCCGUCGCAGAAGGCGGCGGUGAUCAAACCCAAGACGAGGCUACAACGGCUAAUGCCUUUCAUCCAUCUUCUUGCCUCCUGGAUUCUGCUCGCGUAUUUUGUCAUAUGGAAAGAGCCAGAUGAUUAUAAUCGCCGAACACACGGAUCUCAGCCAGAGAACGCAUGGCGGCGCUGGGCAGAACUGGGCUGGAAGGAUGCGGGGGACACUUGGGGAGUGCAGCCUGUGCCUUUUUUUUGGGCGUUCACCACACUCGCGAUAGUCCUACAUUCAUGGCGUAUGUUCUCUAAACUAGAUACCCCACAGCUGCCUACUUUAUUGACACUAGCUCUGCCUCACCUGCCGCCACCUGUUCCUUCCCUCAUCACCAAUGGUUACGCGUAUCUGCAGAUCGGAGGUGUCUUCCUAGAUGAUAUAUCAGGUCUCCUAGUUAGCGUGGGGCUACUCAUAUGGGUUGCCAGCUGGUUCGCGGAUUGA